AUGGGACGAUUUAAUCGACCGGUCAACAACGGACCACGAGAGGUUCCGAUUAAUCAUGCGCACGCUCUUGGAAGCGGUCAGCCAAUGAAUGUGAACAACCAGUUUGGCGAGUUAGCCCAACAAGGCGCUAACGUUCUUGCCACUGGAGCUCACGCAUUUUACCGAGGAGCUGCUACAGUAGGACAAGCAUUCGGAAUUCCACAAGGGAGUUAUGAAGUCCCACUUCUAAACCAAGCCGCCUCCUUGUUUGGAUAA